CGGGAGUUUGCGUAGCCCAAGGACAAGUCUCGAGGCUCGUCGCUGAAAUUUUUCUAUUUUGUCACUUUCAUGUUUAGAUAAAGGGGCUAUGGCCGGAAGUCCGAAUUCAAGAAUGGGACAGAUAUGGGAGGUGAAGAGAAGUAUAAAUACCUGCGGCAUCAUUUUAGAGAAUGAUCUGCUUAUGACGCCCCACAUAUCCGGAACAGACAACACCGAUGCCGAAACUGCUGUCAUAAACCUUGGUGCAAAUAACUUCACGGAAUUCAGACAAAUGAACUCCCCCUUCAUGAUGCUGUUCUCAGUGGACUGGUGCACGAAUUGUGUGAAUAUGUGGCCAGAAUAUGAACUGGCCGCACAGGAGUUGCUGCGAGAAGAUCCCCCUAUUAAGCUGACCAAAGUUAAUGGCAUGACGGAAAAUUCACUGGCGGAGCAGUUCAGUGUGUCUACGUAUCCAACUAUCAUUGUUAUGGAUGGGGAAUUGGGGCAUCGGUACAAGGGUGCCUAUCGUGCCAAAGACAUGAUAGAGCACAUGAAGAAGUUAACAAGCGCUGGAUACGAGAUUGUCAGCAGUACCGAUGACAUAUCCUGGAAACGCACUGUGGACGACACAGUACUCUUGGCCCUUUGCUCUUCAUUCAGUCAUCCGAGAAUGUAUAAGUUCCGGCGUACUCUAAACGUGACCCCGGGGAAAUUCCGACCGAUGGCCUCUAAUUCACAAACAUUGAGACGCCAUUUCGGCUCAGCAGACCGUGAAUUUGCAGUGUUCCUACUGAAACCUCUUCGGUUUUCAAUACCAUCCGAGAAGACAGAAGUAGACGUAACGCAGCUUUUCUUAAACGACACUCAGAAUGAAGUGAAACUAGGUGAGCAACUGGCACGCGAGCAGCUCCCCUUGGUCAGCAUCUACGGCAGAGACAGAGACGAGAUGUACAGAGCGAAUGAUGAUCGACUGCUGUGCGUGAUACCCUAUUCAUUAAGUGCGUACAAAAAGCAAAACGAAGUACUGAACAAAUUGACAGAAAAACUGAUUGAACCGAUGAUUACAGAAUUCGCCGACAGGAUUCACUGGAUUAUCGUGGACGAUCUGAUGCAUACCCGCUUUCUGGACAGAUUCGAUGAUCCGGAGCACACUGGAGAAAUGUCAGCAGUUGCUACUGAGGCCGGCAGGCUAAACACUACACGUCUGCCGAAACCGAGUCAAGAAGUUGACUGGGGGGAUCCCACAGCCAACACAUGCAGCGCAUCAAUGAGUUGGAUGCGAUGA